AUGAUGCAGAUGCAGACUCUGCGUCGUUUUUGUUUGUUGGUUUUUCUCUUUCACUCUGUUAUUGAAAUAUAUCACAAGUUUCUUAGUUUUUCUCUUCGCUUUUUGGUUUUCAUUCUUAUGGAUUUUCCUUCCAGUUUCAAUUUUCUUACGCAAGCGAGUGAGCUUGGGUGUGGUUUUGUUCUUCUCGGUGGUUACUUCUCUCGGAUUUUCAAUUUCGUUGGCCUUGUUUUGAUCUUCGGAAUCUGCGUCAAGAUUCUCCGGUUUUCGGAGAUUCUUCGGUUUUCGGCGUUUUCGGAUACGGCGCCUAGGUUUCGGAAGAUGAAGCCGCCGGCGAAGGUUAAGCGUUUGGAUACUCGGAUGAAAUCGAAAUCUAUGGUGAAACGUGAUGACGGAGGGAUGAAUUUGGAGGAGGAGAAUUUGGAGGACGAGGUGUUUGAUGUAAUGUCGCUAAGGAAAUUGGUGAAAAUGGAGAGACAGAGAUACGCUGCUGCGUGUGCGGAGAUUGAUAAAGAGCGUGUGGCUGCUUCGAGUGCGGCGGAGGAGGCCAUGGCGAUGAUAUUGAGGCUGCAGAAUGAGAAGAGUUCGGUUGAGAUUGAGGCGAAUCAGUUUCGGAGAAUGGUGGAGGAGAGGCAAGAGUAUGAUCGCGAAGUGAUUGAGUCGUUGAGGUGGAAUAUUGUUGAACUUGAGUCUCAGAAGAUCUUUUUGGAGGAGCAGUUGGGGAUUUUUAAAGAGAGGUUGGGAGACUUUAUGAGGGAGGAUGAAAUCGAGGAAAUUGAAGGCGCGGAUUUCACGAGGGAGUUUUGUAAUUUCUCGGUUGAGUAUGAUUUAGAUGAAUCUUUAAAUUCCGUUUCACACUAA